AUGGAAAAAUUACAUCGUCUUGUUAGACGUGAAUAUAGUCUGAUGUACCAUCGACAAACGAAACUUGCUGAAGAGACCGGAAGACAAUUAAUUCAAGCAUGUGUUAAACGGAUGAACAAUCGUGUUGAUCUCUUUAAACAAUUGCCAAAUCUCACGAUACCGUUAUCUGAUACGAACUACACAUGUUCCGUCGAUGUAAAUAGUGGAAAAACAAUGAAAACUAUAAAACUAACGUCAAAUGCAAUUAUCUUAUCACCGAAACCGUCUGUUUUAGAAAUGAUUGCAUACGUACCAACACAAAAAAAUAGAGCGCCUCUUGAAAAGAUGAAAGUUUUACCUUACCUUGGUGACGAUACUUCAGUUGAAGAUCGUAAAUUAAUUGACGCAUUUGCACAAGAUAAUAAUUCAGAUGAACAAUCUGAACGAAGUACAUAUAACAAGUUAAAUAACGAGUCACUUGUACAAUUGUUACGAGAAAUUAUGGAUGAAGUAAAAAAUUUUGAGGAAUCAUUUACAGAUGAACAAAUUAUCGAUGCAAUUAUUGCACAUCAUCGUGAUGCAUCAGCGACCGUUUUACUUCGUACAACAAUGGCCAACUGUCAUCAUCGUCAAACAGUAAAUCAUGUUAAAAACGUUCAAACACCUCAUUUAAAUUCAAAAUCUACAAGUUCACCACGUUAUUUAUCUAAUAAUCAACAAUCAGCAAUAUCUACAACAAAAUCUACAAGUUCACCACGUUUUUUAUCUAAUAAUCAACAAUCAACAGUAUCUACAACAAAAUCUUCUAGGCGAUCGUUAAAAGAAACUUUUGAGCAAAUAUUACCAUUUGAUGAUAAAAAAUUAAAUCGAAAAAUUACUAAAAUUAAUGAUGAUGAUGAUGAUAAUGACGAAAAUCAAGAUCGAUUUCUUCCCAAUAUUGAUAAAACAGAUUCGAUCGACGUUGAUAUUGAAUUAUUAGUUCACUCGUAUUAUAAAUUAUUUUGUUCACGUUGCUAUAUUUAUGAUUGUCCAUUACAUCCACAUAAAAAUCGUCCAGAACGCCCAUUUCCAAAACAAGUUUUCAUAUCUGAGCAAAAACAGAUGACAACAGAAAAUAACGAUGAUAAUAAUAAUUAUUGUAAUUGGACAUGUUACAAGCGAAAUCAAUGGUUACCAAAACGAGAAAAUUCAAACGAUUUUUUAUCAUUUUCUGAGGAAGAAGAAGAAGAAGAAGAGCAACAACAAGAAAAAUCUGAAAAUAAUUCACCGAUCUAUAAUUCUCGAUUAGCAUUAAAGCGUAAACUAUCAUCCUCACCAACGUCAAUAUUUACUCAUGUUCAAGAAGAAUUUGAUAAAUCAAAAAAGUCAAAACAAAGUUACACUAAAAAUUUUGGUCAAGGACAACCGACAGUGAAAGACGAUGCUGCUAAUAAUUGCAAAAGUGUUGGUGAAUGUUCAGUGAAAAAUGUUGAUUGUAUUUAUCUGGAUAGUGACAGUGAAGAAGAAGUGAUGAAUAAGUACAAAAAUGUUCAAAAUGGAAUUGUUUCGACUUCAAAAAGAUCAACAUCAAAUAUUCAAAAUGAUUGUGAAUCACCGAUAAUUGAAAUUGAUGUUUCUCUUGAUAUUUCUCCGUUAAAUAAGCAAGAACCAUAUGGACAGUCACAACAACUCGUUUCUAUCGAAAACAAUAUGUUUAGUCAAAUGAAUCGUCAAAAUGAAAUAUCAAUGUACUGUGAUUCGAAAUUAUCACUACAAACUGCAUUAUAUCAAAAUGAUAAUCAAAAUUGGACACUAUCAGAUCGAUCAUUAUUUCGGGCGUUUUAUUUUACAAUGAAUGGUGAUCUUUGUUUAAUUGGUCAAUUACUAGGUAAAGAAUGUCAUAUGAUAUAUGAACAAUAUCUGAAGGAUACUCAAUAUUUUGCCAAUUAUAUUAUUGAAUCAAAUUCACCAAGAAAACGUUCAAAUAAAAUACAACUGUGUCGUUCUAUACCAAAAAAACAUCUUUCAUCACGAUCUCAACGUUUUAUAAAAAAUGAAUCGAAACAUUGUCGUACUCUUCCUGUGACAUUAGAUGAUGAUAUAGAAAAACUACCAAAAUCUAAGAAGGGAAAAAAUCAGCGAAAAAGUGAACAACAACAACAACAAUUAAUCACAACAUUGAAGGGUUUUUAUGAACCAUGUUUUCAUGAUGGUGAAUGUUCAAUGGACAAUAAUUGUUUAUGCGUGAUAAAUGGAACAUAUUGUGAAAAAUUCUGUCAAUGUUCAUCAUUAUGUAGAAAACGUUUUCCUGGAUGUGGUUGUAGAGGUUCAUGUACGACUAAAUCGUGUUUAUGUUUCUCGGCUGGAAGAGAGUGUGAUGCAGAUCUAUGUUAUGGUUGUGGCGCAGCGCGUUUUCCACCGAUUGAUUAUUAUUUAAAUGAAGAAAAGCAGAAUUAUUAUAUGCAUCAGUCAAAUUUAGCACAUCAGAUGAAUAAUGAAAUUCCAAAAGUUCAUACAGACAAUAUAAAAAAUAGUUCGAAUAAACGACUGAGUGUUGAUAUUGAGGAAGAAUAUGAAGAUGAAAAAGACGAAGAAAUUAAACAAGAAGUAAAGAAGCGAAGAUCUGAUAGAAGAGUAUCGUUAUCACGGGAAUAUAGUUUAAGAAGUACAAAAUCACCACCGACAACAACGACAGCCACAACACGAAUUCUAAAAAAGAUAAAAAAGAAACCAGUUAAACAACCACCCUCAUCGUCAAAUGUACUGUUGCCAACACUAUCAGCUUUACCAAUUAGUUGUGCAAAUACAUCACUUCAACGUCGUUUACAUAAACAAAUAUUAAUUGCACCAUCGGAUGUCGUUGGAUAUGGUGCAUUUUUGGGUUUAACGGCAGCAAAAAAAGGAGACUUAAUAGCCGAAUAUACAGGAGAAUUAAUAUCGCAAGAAGAAGCUGAACGAAGAGGGGCUUUGUAUGAUCGUCUAAGUCGUUCUUAUUUGUUUAAUCUUGAUUCGGAACAUGUUAUUGAUGCAGCAAGAUUUGGCAACAAAGUUCGUUUUGCCAAUCACUCAAAUAAACCAAAUUGUCGUGCUCAAAUGAAAAUGGUUAAUGGAGAUUAUCGUAUUGGCAUUUAUGCAAAACAAGAUAUUAAUGUUGGUGAUGAAUUAUUUUUCGAUUAUUAUUAUGGAAUACAAUCAACGGAAAAAUUUGUUGGUUUAGAAUUAGGAGAAAAACAUACUGAAGAUGGCAUACGUAUUUUAAGAAAAUAUCCAGACGGUUCACUUUUAGUUCGACCGUCGAUUGAACUAUAG